AGUCGACCGAGUGGUACACCCGUCGACGGUCGAGACCGCUGUCGCUUGACAAAAAUGCGCGUGAAAGGAUGCCGUACGAACGCGGGAGACUGUUACCCCAGAAAAAUAACACGAUCCAAGGCUGCGCAGAUUGGGAAACUCACAAUAACGAGGAUAUCAUAGUCGCAUCAAACGCCCACGAUCUGAAGAAAUUCAACGUCCAGGAGAUCAACGUGAGAACGAGCAGGAAAAGAGAAGCAAAGAGACACUGUCCUUGGAAAAGAAAAUUCAGAGAUUCGAUAAAUGCAUCGUAUGGAAAGUCUGAUUGUCUUUGACUCACUUUCGCUUCACUCUGUACCAGUGUGCGUGGACCGGAGACGCUGUAUUCUCUCCUAUGAAUCAAUCAAUCGUCAUUUAGAGGCGAGAGACGUCGAUAUACGAAAGAUUCAAAUUCACUCGAGGCAGAAUCACAGCGCUGUUGUCGUUGCCGCUACUACGGACGUUGGAAGUCAUUGAUCACGCUUCACAAGUGGAUGCGAACGAGAUUUAAUCGAGCGGUCAUUGGUCGACAAUUGAUCAAAUAUCUGUCAUCGGAGAUAUUGAUAUUGCCAUUGGACGUAUGGUUACUGGAAUAGGAUAAAAUAGCAAAAUGAAGCUCGGUGACAGCAUGGCCUCCAUCGAAGCGCAUACUGUGUGGAACGACGUUUGUCCUCAGAAAACGCGACCUCCGAAGAUCGGUGAUAUACCAAGACACGUGGCCGUUGACAAGGAAUCACCGGGCUGUUCUUCGUCGAGAUCACUCGGUCAGUACCUCGAGGAGAAGCCAGCAGGAAGAUCGAUGCUCGAAAGAUCGACGAGUUGUCAACCGGAGCGCGGAAGCUCGAAGAAAUCAGAAGCAUUGCCGGUGAUCCACGAUUCGAUAAAAUCACCAGUGGCAACGAAUAGCAAUAGAAAAACGUCGCGAAUUUCCGAUUUAAUUGACGGAAAGUCCGGUGGGCGAGUCGAAAGUUGUUACAAUUCGAGCACCAAAGCUUCGGAAGACACCAGUUUGAAUGGUGGCCUGCCAAUCUUGACCAACAUCUGUAAUAAUUCAUCUCCAGAAACAGAGUUAGAAACAUUCAAAGAAAAUUCGUCUCUGAGAGCUUCGGAGUCUACGGAUGUGAACGAAGACGAGGCCUCUUGGGAAGAGGAUUUACCCGAGAGAAUAUACGAGGUAAGAAAAGACAGUGCUUUAUACAUCGAAGAGAGAAAUAUCGAGGGUUUAACGAUAAGAAAUAACUCGCUUGCGGUCGGAGCAGCGGAGUCACGAUCUCUCAGAACUCUUGGCUCGUGCAAUGUCUGUGAAAACAUCGAAGAAAGUGGAAACUCAAAACUAUCGAAGCCCCGUGCUAGACGCGAGAGCAGUGGUUACUUCAGCAAUCUGGGUACGUUCGACGAGGAUCGAUGGAUCGCGAAUACGAUGGAUCUCGGCAGCCAACAAGAUCUCAUAACCUCGAGAGACAUAUCGCGCGAGAGACGAAGAUCUUCCACGAAAAACAGACUUCCCUUGAUGUACAAUCAACCGCAGCAGUCUGUCCAGCUUCCAAUUGGUCCAUCCUGUGGCCAGCAAUCGACCAAAAUACCGAAUCUAAUUUACCCGGGGAACCACUACAUCGAGGAAACUUGCCAAUCACUCUCAGCUAGCGAAUUGUCAUCUGUUGUUAAAUCAUUGCGCACCGAAAUGCCAGAUAUCGAGGAACAAACGAGUUUUGAUCUCGACAAACCUACGAAUUGUGACGCAAGAGACGACAGCGAUGCAGCUUCAACUUCUGCAGAUGUGAACGACGAUUUGGAAGGGAAAAUAUCCCAACUGUCGAUUGGUGAUGUACCAAAGAUAGUGAAUGACGAGCCGUCUCCAAUUGAUGACUCGAGGAAAGAAAUAAUUGAAGAUUUCGUACAAAGCAGUACUGAAGAAGCGAAUAAUUCAACGAAAAACGUGUUCAAUAUUGUAGAUGAAAAGUGGAAAAAACAAAAUCGACGUACGAUUCCGCAUCAGCACAGUUCUCCGACCACAAGGGAUACGGGAUUUGAGAAAAUCGUCGAAAAUCCGAGCAGCGAAACGGAGCCGACAAAAUAUUUCGAUUGUUCAUCUACUCUUGAAAACUAUACGAAGGUAGAAGCUCCUCAGGCGAGUGAGGUGACUUCGGACGAAGACGACAAUGACGAGGUCGUCACAGCGGUGUUGGAACCUCUGAGAGGGAGAGUUUCUGCACCGGAUUCCGGAAAAGCUUUACCAAAACCGAUCAAAGUUUAUCAGCUGCUAUCGACCCAAUCGGAAGAUCGCGGUGACGAUGAUCCGCGAAUCUUCGACCGCAGAACUUCCUUACAAAUAACAAGGCGCAACGAGGACGAAACGAUUCGUCAAACUUGCCAAAAUUCCACUCCCAAAGAGCACCAACGAAAAGGUGCGUUGACAGCUGAUGAGAAGAAACUUAUUCAUGCUGACAGUGUACCGAUACUCAAGAUUCUUAGCGCCUCGGACCCUGUGGAAGAAAGAACCGAGUGUUGCGAUCCUAUCUACGGGAAAAAUUCGCCUGGAGCAUCGGCAAUAUUUUCAACAUCCGGCGGACCAGAAUUUUGCACUGACAAACGAUUGAGUGUCGUAGAAAAGGUAUCCGGCUCGACGAUUCCCGCUAUCAGACCGAUUUAUCCUUACUGCCCUUAUUCACCUUACGGAAGCCCUCAGGGAUCGCCGAGGAGCAGUCGAAAAAGACCACUGCGCGAGAGCCGCAGAGUUUCGAUCGACAGCCGGCAAGGCGCACUCCAGCUCAAUCAAUACAAACUUCUCAACAACAUUGGUCAGGGAUCGUACGGGAUUGUGAAAUUGGCGUACAACGAGGAAGACGAUACGCAUUAUGCGAUGAAGAUUCUGAGCAAGAAAAAGUUGAUGAAGAAAGCCGGAAUAUUCGGUAGAAUAGCGCCUGGCCGUAAAAGCAGUUCGAAUCCAUUGGCUAAAGUUUAUCGUGAAAUCGCAUUAUUGAAGAAACUCGAUCAUCCGAACGUCGUGAAACUCGUCGAGGUGCUCGACGAUCCUGAUGAAGAUAAUCUUUAUCUUGUCUUCGAGCUCGUUCAGAAGGGCGAGGUACUGCAGAUUCCUACUGACAAACCACUCGACGAAGAGAUCGCUAGAAGAUACUUUCGUGACGUCGUCAUGGGCGUCGAAUACCUUCACUAUCAAAGGAUCGUACAUCGUGACAUAAAACCGAGUAAUUUAUUGGUGGACAGCGAAGGCAGAGUGAAAGUAGCGGAUUUGGGAGUGAGCGCCGAGUUGAGAGCAGCUGGGGAGUUGUUGUCGGGUUCAGCCGGAACUCCCGCCUUCGCAGCCCCCGAGACGUCAACCCCAGGAGCUGAAUAUUCCGGCACACUGUGCGAUGUCUGGUCGAUGGGCAUAACGCUCUAUUGUCUGGUAACCGGAAAACUGCCUUGGGACGGUUCCGGUAGCAUCAUCGGUGUUCAAGCUGCGAUACGCUCGGAGCAGCUACGAUUUCCGGAAAAGCCUUGUCUCUCGGAAGAUUUGUAUCAUCUGAUCUCGGAGAUGUUGGCCAAAGAUCCGACGAAGAGAAUAAACCUGGUCGAUAUAAAGGAACACCGCUGGGUGACGAACAAUGGAAAGGAGCCUUUGCCAAGCGAAACGGAGAAUUGUCGGUUGCCGGUGACCGUAACUGACGAGGAAGUAGCGCGAGUGGUGACUCGAGUUCCAAAACUUGAUACUCUUAUACUCAUAAAAACGAUGCUGAAACAGCACAGCUUUCAGAAUCCAUUUUUACCGAGGAGAACUGUUAGAACAACCGCUGACACUGUCGCAGAUGUAUCGAUGAAACAGCAACGUUCAACCGAUGUUAUGGAUUAUCCAAAAGAUUCGGCCCCUCUUAUCGAAAAUCUGGUGACCAAAACUGAGAAAUAUCACAGCGCAGGGAGAAGCAAUUCCGCACCUGAUAGAUACGAGUGGCAAACGAACGGACGGCAAAUGUCGAGUGACUUGUUAUUGCCGCCUGUGACGGAAUCCUCGAGUCAAGAGACAGAAAUGGAAAAACGGUGACAUCAUGACGUCGCUUUAUCGCUGAGCUUUAAGAAUAGUCAAGAAUGUUAGGGAACGCAAGGACCAACGGUGAUCCAACCGGAAAGGCAUGCAGAGACGCGCACCCUCGUCCUUUCACAUUCCCACUUAAAUCAUCGAACCUUAAAAAUCAAAACGUCGCUGUUGAACCAAUUCUUAAAACGUAAUAAUUCUCGAAACGAACCAACGAAACUAAUCUUCCACCGUUUCCCUUUGCCUUUUUUCUUCGUCCUUGAAUCUCGUAGUCUAAUGAAUACAUAUACAUAUUAUAUUAUUAGAAAAAAAGUAGAGACUCGGCGAGCCUUGGGUCAGCCAGGGUCCGUUGGAUGUGCUUGUCCCGCGAGACUCUGCCGCCGAGUCUCUUGACAAAUUUUUAUCUGGCAUGUUUAUUAUCCUGCCAGAAAAUAUAUUGCCGUGAAUAGCUUUAUACAGUGUAAAAAUAUUUGGAUUCUGUUACGUGUGAUCGGCUGCUGCAUCGUUGUUAAGAUACUAAUUAGAUUUUUAAAUGGGCCAAGGUGGAGAAAGAUUGAUGUCGACGCUGGUAGCACUCUAAAACGAUUUUCCAAGUGAUAAGCCUUCUUAGAGGACUACGAAAAAAAAAAAACAAAACAAAACAAAGAGUCAAAACGAAAAAGUAAAACGUGUGGAUAGUACUUUCCAACGGAGUCAUUAGGGGGACCAGUAUCGAGAAUUCGAGCUUAGAUGUUAAAGUAAGUGAACCAUUAGCCCGCAAUGCAUACACACGAAAUGGCGUCGCAUAACUUGCAACGAAACUUCUUACUGUUCGUUGAAUCUGCAAUUUCAUCGUAUGCUACGAGGUUGAAAAAUUAUUGUGUUCCCAGUUACUCGUGGCGCCAUAAAACUUUUCAACACUUGAAUGAAAGAUCCGUUGAAAGCAACACUGAAUGCAUAAAAUUCAGCAAAACUUUACGCCACGUACGAAGCGUCUAGCUCUGAUGUGUGGAUUCUUUUUAAAAGUACUUUUCUCAAACUUCGAACGAUAUUUGUCCGUGUGUAUGUUUACUGCGGGUAUUUGACGCAUUCUAUAACGUAAUUUUAGUGAAAAAUAGCGAAAAAACUGGUUUAAGCGACAAGUACCAUCUUCCAGUACCUUGAUAGAAAAUUGAGUGAUUAUUCAUUGCAUUUGGAUUGGUGAUCAAGUGCAAUAUUAUUACAUUGAGUUCAUGACGACGGGAAUGAGUCUUGUCGAAAGUGGCGAUGAUUUUUAUCUCGUAAUUCGACGCGAUUAACAUUGUGUACGUAACGAUCUCACAUCGCGUUUAUCCUGACGCGUAAUUGAUGUAGAAAAAUUGUGAUCUCUCCUUCUCUCACGCAAUUUCUAACUAUUUUUGAAAAUAUGCACAAAAUACUUUUUACCUACGAUAUUUAAUCUCUACGUCAUUUCGACUAUCGAUACUACAAAACUCUCUUGAUGUAUGUUUACGAAAGGUGUGCUGCUUCGAUUUAUCCUCGUGUAACUUCGAAACCAUAACUAACACAUGAUUCAUAUACCAUAUUUCACUUGAAACUUUCAUUAAUAACGGUACCAAAAGAUAUGAUAGUAACCACCAUGAAGAUAACUAAAAGUUCGUGUCCAUUUAUCGUUCUUCGAAAAAAUGAUAUUUUUGUCAUCGUCAAUUAGAACUUUAGCAGUUCUUGGAGAAAAAAUACAAAAUUCAUAGACGGAGAUAAAAAUUUAUGAGAAAUACUAUGAUAGCAUAGCCACUGGGUAUUAAUACUCUGAAAAUUUUCAUCGAAAACGGAUCAAUUCGAAAUUUGGAACGAGGACAAAAAUGAUAUUUCAAUCAAAUUUGGAUGAGAAGUUUUUACAUUUGUAGUGGAAGUCACUGAGUGCUAACGUGGUUCUUUAGAGCUUUGCGAAACGAUUGUAAUUCUUGAUAAAAUUUUAUCUCUACCUACGAUUUUUGUUACGUAAAAAUUUUUAUUUGAAGAUCAUAAAUCUGCUUAGGUUCUUAUUCGAUGUGAGAAAAACUGAGCGUAAUUAUAUGGAUUGUUUUGUAUGAGAAACAGAAGGUGAUGUUGACUCCGCUGUUAUGCUUUUCAUCCAUAGCUUUUUUAUAUCAGACAAUCAAGCCUGUAAUAUUAAAUUUAGAUACGACGGUACAUCGAACAUACAAAAAGAGUCAAACGGACGGGGAUAUAUAUUCUGAUUAUAUCGUGUAUAAAUGGAAUAGAUAUAAGAAAUAUCAGAAAGUGACCAAGUCCUCCGUAUAUUUCAUAAUAAAAAACGUUUAUUCGUAUAUGCGUUAUCUCACUGUUCGGACGCCGUUUUAGAAAUAAGAUCCGAUUUUCUAUGAGAUGUUAGCCCAAGUACGACACGCCGUUUGCUCUCAAUAUUUGUCACCAUUUUUCCUCAACGAUGAGCUCGUCGAAUGGGAUUUUACAUUGAAAGGGAAUAAUUUGGAGAUCGAUUUGAAAAUCGACGAAGGUUCAACUUCUUGGAAUGAAUCAAUCGUGAUGUCCGAACGUGGCCGGAUAAAUUUUAUUUUGCAACGUGACCAAGAAAGUAUCGGAGUAAUUUUUCGUGACUAACAUUUUAGUUGAAUGCAUUAAAAAGAAGGAAAAAACUCCAAUGGAAUAUCUUGUCCAUUUGUGAAAUCGAAGCGUGUGACAGAAUGUAUAGUAGAAUUGAGAGCAUGUAAUAGAAUUUGUUGAGAACUUUGUUGUCUUUGAAAGAAAUAUCGUUGCCUAGCGAGGCCACUGAAGGUUUUCUUCAUCUUUUCGAAUCUUUUUACUGAGCAUUUUACAAGACACAUUUGUAAAAAGCUUGCGAAACCCGAUCAUUUGAAAAUAGAUUGAAAUUAUUCUUUGUAUUCAAACUUGAAACACUUUUAAGCUGUAAUUUCGCCGCUGUCACGUUUACAAGUCGAUUUCCUCAAAAAUAUUCGAAAGCUUGAAUAUGAGUUUUUCAACAUGGUCUAAUAAUCCUGGUUUCCACUAUGAUGGAAAAAUCUUUAAAAUAAAAAUUUAUUGCAUCGUUCCAUCCCCGACAAGCAAUGGUAGAGAAUCUUGCAUUUUGACCCGCUUCGUCUGAAAUACCUCUGUAAAUGACUAUUAAAUGUGAAAUUCUACGUCCUGAGGGAAUUCUGAAAAUUAUGAAGAAAUCUUGAGACUAAUGGGUUGGCAAGACUACGCUGGCGUAAUAAUCUUAUUAUAAAAUGAAAAAUACUGCGGCGUGGAAUUAUUUGGCACCAACGUUUAUUAGUACGCACAAAAAAAACAUCCAAUGUUGCGUGAAAUGUUGAGAAAUAGAGAAAAAUGAGUGCUUUGAUAAUGCAUCGGGAAAAUUGCGUGUGGGCAACUCGGCUGUGGGGAUCGCAUAAUUAAAAAAUUGAUAGCGGAAUCAUGCCUCGGAAGAGAUUCAGUAGACGUCUGAAAAUAGCUGCAAUGACUACUGAAAUAAUUCGUUUUGUGUGAAAAAAUGUUUAAAGUUUUGAUAGUUGAGAGAAAAACAACUCUAAAAAGUGAAGAAAGUGGUUCGUCACUCUGGCAGAUUAGAAAAAUCGGUAAAACUAAUUAGAACUGUGAUUCAUGAAGAAUUUCUAAACAGUCGAACUCGAAUAUUCUUUCUGCUGAGCGAUUGUAAUUAAUGUCAGUAGAAAAGUAACUUUAUCAUGAUUUUAUUUUCAUACUUCAAUGAAUGAUCAUUAAUUCAUUGAAAUGAGGAUCGAAAAAAGGCUAAGGAAUAUUCAAUUGGUACCAUGAAAUGUCAGAGUGACUGGAGUAUGAGUAAAUUUGUUUGUCACAUUCGUCCAACCUUCUUCGAUCUCGAAACUCCUUUGCCCCUUUUAUUACGAGGUUUGCCGAUAACCACUUUUCUCCACUUCUUAUUCAGCUCCACAGCGACGUCGACGCAAUUGCCUGAACAAUAAAGAAAGAAAAAUAAACGAAAUCAAAAGAAAAAUUUAUGUACAUGUUGUAUACAAGUGAUGUCGAUUAUAUUUGCUACAGGUGCAGUGCUCAUUGUCGAUAAUAAAAGGUGAAAUUUAAUGAAAAAACCA